UACACCACAACCAUUUCACUUCUUUCUCCCUCAAUUUAUCCGCUCUAGUCUUGUUAAGUAUGCUCUGUGGUUGCGGAUAAAUCCGAUCUUCCACAUCAGAAAGAAUUACUAGAGUGUGACCCUAAAGCCCCCGUCCCGCUAAGGUCCCGUCCCUUACAAACCUGAACCCGUCGAACCUCUGUCCAGCUUCUGCCAAAAAAUGGACGAAGAGGCUCUUCGUGUAGGUUUUUUUGUGUUCUUAUUUUUAAUCGUAAUAAUUUGAUUUUGUGAUUUUUUUAUCAAAACAAUCUCUGAUUUGAUUACUUUUUUAUAGAUGGGUGCCGAGAUAUACUAUCCUCGAUUGUAUAUCCAUUAUGGGCCAAGAGAUAUGAGACUCUUAACCGAUCAAGAAGCUCAUCGCUCCCGUGCUAUUUGGGAUAACAAUCCGGUAAUUAUAUGAUUUAUUUGCUUUAUUUUAUUAUUUUCUAAGGUUUUAUUUUGAUUUAUUUAAAAUAACAAAUUGAUGUUUUUCCUAUUUUUUUGAAAGAAUCACUCAUUCCCGUCGUUGACAAAGGGACCACAAACUUGCCCCUUGGCAUCCACGGUUGGCGCCCUAUAUAGAGAGGACCGGGUUGGGUAUGUUGCGCCAUUUCAUACGGAUCGAAAUCGACAAUGAUCUGCUUACGGCAAUGGCAGAGCGAUGGCGUCCACCCUCAAAGACGUGGCGAUCCUCACCGGGCUGACGAUUACUGGAGAUGCCAUCAUUGGGCCCACUACCAAACCCGAAGGAGGUUGGGGGCUGCUCAUUCUUGCUGAGUUGGGAUUUGACAUGCCGACCACCACACCAAUUCAAGGACGGGGGCAUCCACCGUUGAAUGUGGGACAAGUGUCGGUCCCGUGGCUGGUAGCUCACAUCCAGAAUGAGGUGCAAAUCAAUGACGAGACUCCGGAAGAUCAAGUGGAGCGCUAUGCACGCAUCUACCUCAUUGGUCUGGUGGGUGGAUUUCUGUUCCCCGACAAGUCAAACUGGUGGAUUCAACGCAUAUGGUUGCCAUUGCUCACUUGUGACUGGGACGCAAUCGGGGAAAAGAGCUAGGGAUCGGCCGUGUUAGCUGGCAUAUACCGGGAGCUGUGCACUUGCUCGAAGGUGGGAGCAAAACAAGCUGGUGCUGCGAUGUUCAUCCUACAGCUGUGGGUAUGGGAGCAUCUUCCAAUGUUCGCACCUCUAGACCCACGUCCAUACCGGAGAGCCGAUGAUGAGCUAAACUUUCUACAAUAUCCCCCUUGCGGUGUCAAGUAAGUUUAUUUCGUACUUAGCUUAAUUUAAAAUUAUUCCAUGAUUAGCUAGAUUUCAAUUGAAUUUAUUCCGUACUUAGCUUAAUUUAAAAUUAUUCCAUGAUUAGCUAGAUUUCAAUUGAAUUUAUUUCGUACUUAGCUUAAUUUAAAAUUAUACCAUGCUUAGCUAGAUUUAAAUUGAAUUUAAUCUGUACUUAGCCUAAUUUCAAUUUAUACCAUGCUUAGCUAGAUUUAAAUUGAAUUUAAUCCGUACUUAGCCUAAUUUCAAUUUAUUCUAUGAUUUUACUUACAAGGUGGAUAGGAGCAAAUACGAAUGACCAUCAACCUGAGCAUUCGUUACUGUUUUAUCGUUAUAAUUUAGAUAAGCCUUGGUGGAAUCAGGUAAUCAUGCUUUAUUAUAUGUUAACAAGUUUCAAGGUAAAUGGUCGCUAAUUGCAUUAUUUGAAUGAAUAUAGGUUACUUGG